AUGGCGUCCGCGGGUCUCCAGCUCCUGGCUUUCGUCCUGGCUCUAUCUGGGGUGUCUGGAGUGCUCACGGCCACUCUGCUGCCCAACUGGAAGGUGAACGUGGAUUCGGGCUCCAACAUCAUCACGGCUGUCGUGCAGCUGCAGGGGCUGUGGAUGGACUGCACGUGGUACAGCACCGGGAUGUUCAGCUGCACCCUCAAGUACUCCAUUCUGUCCCUCCCCAUCCACGUGCAGGCCGCACGGGCCACCAUGGUCCUGGCCUGUGUCCUGUCCGCGUUGGGGAUCUGCACUUCCACAGUGGGGAUGAAAUGCACUCGCUUAGGAGGGGACGGAGACACAAAGAGCCACGCUUCUUUUGCCGGAGGAGUCUGCUUCAUGGCUGCAGGGGUCUCUGGUUUAAUCCCAACCGUGUGGUACACAAAGGAGAUCAUAGCAAACUUCCUGGACCUGACGGUUCCAGAAAGCAACAAACAUGAGCCCGGAGGAGCCGUCUACCUCGGAUUCAUUUCGGCCGCGCUGUUGUUCGUCUCCGGCAUGAUUUUCUGCACUUCCUGUAUGAAAAAGGCUCCGGAAGCUUGGCUCUUUGCAGCCAAGCAGCGGCAUACCUCCGCCAUGCAGCCAGAGGGCAGCUCCGCGUACAACCUCAAAGAUUACGUGUAA